GUUCAGAUUGUAGCUCCGAUUGUGAUUCAAACUCCUGUGCAACUGGCUAUAAUGGGGAUAUUGAUUCUGAUGAAAAGAGUUUGGAAGGUAAGCAUUAAAAUUUCGUAUUAAAGUGGCUUCUUACACUUGUUCUCUAGUUUCAGUGCACCUGUAGCACCUUGUAUAAAAGAAACAGAAAAAUAACAUUUAUCUCUCGUAUUCUCCCAACAUCCCUGUCGCGCAUCAUCACACCAUAAAGCGCGCGACUUGUUUUCUAUUUCCUAAAUUACUUGGUUCUCACAAACUAUUGCCAAAAUUCCUCACAUUUUUCGUUUUUGUUGACAAAAAUAGUUAUUUUGAUUAAGUUAGUCGAUUGGCUUGGGUAAUGUUAGUGUUGCAAUGGCAACAUGGGACGGUUUUAUUUAAUGGCCAUUUCACGCGUCAACACAGCAUGUAUAGUUAUUAUUGUGAACGUUUUUUUCAAAAUUUUUCUUGUGGUAUUGUAUUUUUUUUAUCGAAAGUUUUAUUGGAAGAUUUCCACACUACAGUUUUUCUUUAAAACUCAAAUAUAUAAAAUUCUCCAACAAAAUAACAUUUUAGCGCUAAACAGUUUUUGUACGAAUAGUUAAUAAAUCUGUAAAUUCGUUGCUUUAUUUAAAUUUGGACAGAAGUCAAAUUAAUUUCUUUAUGGGAGGAUUCAAUGUUUUAUUUUAUUAGGUGACGAACCACCAGCACUUGAAAAUGUCGAAGACAAUUAUCUGCAUACUGAAAACGGUAAUCUACAUUCCGAAAACAGCAAUCUGCAUGGCGAAAACAGUGAUCUACAUACCGAAAAUGGUGAAAUGCAUGCCAAAAGUUGUGUUUCCAAAAACAGUGCUAUCACUUUUACCGAUCACUGUUUUUACCGAAAACAUACCGAAAACGGCGAUCUACAUACUGAAAAUGGUGAAAGGCACACUGAAAAUGAUCAUCUGCCUACGAAAACCAGUGAUCUAUAUCCCGGAAACGGUGAUCUACAUACCGAAAACGGUGAACUACAUAACGGAUAUGGUGAUCUUAACGGAAAAGGUGAUCUGCAUAGCGGAAUCAGUGCUCUGCAUAUCGUAAAUGGUUAUCUACAUACAGAAAAUGGUGUUUUAUGUACGCAAAACAGUGAUUAUCAUAUCGACAAUGAUCUACAUACUGAAAAUGGUGAUCUACACACUAAAAACAGUGACUUGUCUACUAAAAAUGGUCAUCUGCCUACGAAAACCAGUGAUCUACAUAACGGAAACGGUGAUCUACGUAACGGAAACGGUGAUCUACAUAAAGGAAACGGUGAUCUACGUAACGAAGACAGUGAUCUGCGCAAUGAAAAUUAUUAUCUGUCUACGAAAACUGGUGAUCUACAUAUUGGAAACGCUGAUGAGCAUACUGGAAACGACGAUCUGCAUACUGGAAAAGGAAACGUUCCGAAUAAUAUUCUCAAUACUGAAAAUGGUGAUCUACACACUGAAAACAGUGAUAUGUGUACUGAAAAUGGUCAUCUGCCUACGAAAACCAGUGAUCUGCAUACUGGAAAUGGCGAUUUUCGACAUAAUUUACAUACUGAAAACGGUGAUCUAAGCACUGAAAACAUUGAUCUGUGUACUAAAAAUGGUGACCUGACUACGAACACCUGUUAUCUAAGUACCGGAGACAGUAAUCUGUCUACUGAAAAUUGGCAUUGGCCUGCGAACACCAGUGAUCUACGUCCCGGAAACGGUGAUCUACAUAUUGGAAACGGUCAGUACACAAACCGUGUCAUUUUCAAAAAUAGCAUAGUUACUGAAAAUGCUGUUCUACGCAAUCAAAACAUUGAUCUUUGUACUAUAAAUGGUCACCUAACCACGAACACCUGUCAUCUACGUACCGGAGACAGUGACAUAGAUGCUGGAAACGGCGAUCUACAUACCGUAGACGGUAUACGCUUCUUGCUUAUUCGAGAAGCCGUUCAAACUUACCCACCACAAUAUAAAUCUUUAAAAGAUAGAUUAAAGAGAGAUAAAACUUUUCGAGAUUUUCGGAAACGGCUUCCCAAAAAGACAAGAAUAGCAGAAAAAGAUGAAAAGUUUCGCAAGCAUAUAAACAAUGUUUAUGAUGAAAAGUUGUUACACAGUGAUGACACGAUUGCAACAGAAGAACAUCUGAAAAUACGUGGAAAGCAAUGCUUCUGUUUAACAUUACGUAAUUGUGCUGGCGUCGCUUUUGGAGCUGCUUUUGCAGCUGCUUUUGGAUCAGCAGCGGGCCUUAUUGGGACAGCGGUCGGAGGUAUAGUUGGUGGAUGGUUCUCCGCGGCUGGAAUGAAUUAUCUCUCUGAUUGGAUGCCACAAAAGUUGUUUGAGAUACCAAACGAAGAAGCUCUGGAUUGUCUUAUCGAUACCGGGGAGUGA